AUGACAAUUCGAAAAAAGACACCACCACAAAUUCCUGGCUUUGAGCAUUUACACUCUGAUAUCGUAUUAAUUCCGGGAUACCGUGGUUCAAAAUUAUACAAUCCGAAAACCAAAACUACAAGUUGGCUAAAUUUACAAAUUCCUUUUUCAUCUCAUAGCAAAGGAAAUCUUGAUCUCCCAUUACAUAUCACUAAACAUGAACCGGAUCAAUUGAUUCCUCACGGAAUAUUUCAAAAGAUCGCAUUUUAUAAAUUUUACGAUUCUUUAAUACAACACAUGGAUGCCUUGUCUUCUCAAAAAAAUUCAUCAACACCCUUUAGAUUUCAUAAAUUUAGUUAUGAUUGGAGACGUAGUAAUCAAGCAACUUCAGAUAUAUUUCUAGAAUAUCUAAAACAAAUCUAUUCAACAAAUGGAGAAAAACCCAUUUAUAUAUUUGCUCAUUCAAAUGGUGGUUUAAUCGCCUUAUCAGUAUUACACCGUGCACCACACUUAAUUGCAGGAGUAAUAUUUGCCGGAACACCGUUUGGUGGCGCUCCCGGUAUAUUCCACGAACUUAAAUUCGGAAGUCCAGUGCUGUUUAAUAAAAGACUACAGGAUCCAACGACUAUAUUUACUUUUAGAACAGCAUUUCAGUUGUUACCUAUAAAAUAUAACGCUUUUAAAAAUCCAUUGACUGGUAAAGAUUUUUAUGUGGAUUAUUUUAAUUCGAAGGAAUGGUUGAAUAGUGAAUGGAGUGAUGUCAUAUUCGAAGAUACACCUCGAAAUUUGGAAAUCGGAACAAAAGAAGAAAGAAUUGC